AUAAUCUCAACUGCGCACAUCGACGUGAUCAUGGAGUCGACAGUGGACGCGGAUGCGGCUCUGAACGAGAUCAUUCGGAGUCACUUGAUCGACAACUCCAUGGACGCCCUCGCCCGUCAGAUUCGUCGCGUGUAUGCGAAGCUGAGAGAGAAGGAGAAGGCGUACCUGGCACUUCAAGGGAUCGGAGGUGAAAGCGACACUUCCAACCUCGACGCCAAGAUGGCAGCCACACGUGCUCGAUGGGCUCCAACGCUGCGAGACUUGCUGGAGAAGAGUUGCUUGGAGCUGCACAAGCAACGCAUCGAGUUGAAUGCAUGCAUUGACAUUAUCGAGAAGGAACAGAAGCAAGGUCGGCUGAAAGAUCGUGAAAACAAGCGACACAGUCUCGUUGAACCACAAAGCACGACCGUGACGCUUGAAGUGGGGUCGCAGGUUGCCGCGCGUGUUGCCCGCGGCCACGAGUUGUGGAUUUUGGCGUCCGUUGUCAAGGCCGAUGAGCGCAUGGUCGAAGUAGAAGACGAAGACUCGGGGGACGAAGACACAGAGGGGAAGCGCCACCAUGUUGUCCCUCGCGACUGGUUAGUGCCUCUACCUCGGGAAGACCAAAUCGACGAAUGGUUCAACUUCCGUGUCAAUGAACGCGUCAUGGCGAUGUACCCCAGCACCACGAGCUUCUACCCUGCCGUGGUCAUCGUGCCUAACCCCCCGGGCUCGCUAUAUGUAAUUCUACGGUUCGACGACGAUGCAGAUGAAAUUGGGACCAUUUCCGAGUACAAGGUCCCGUUCAGGUUUGUCAUGCCCUUGAAGAAGACGUGAUAUAUGUAUGUGCACAGUGCACUGCUAACAACGUAGUGCACUGUUAACAACACGAAAAAGCACACACAUGUCUCUGU